GUCCUCCUCCUCGUCCUGCACGGUGAGCGGCGCCCUGAUCUGCACCCAUGUGAUGGGUGAAAGUGCACGACCAGCUGCGCGCUUCAACCAUCCAUAUUAUAGGUAGAUCAGCGACAGAGGAAGCGCUUGUCCGCGCGUAUGUGAACGGCACCCCGGGGUAUUUGGAUGCAAAGUCAGCCCACAGACUGACAGCUUGGUCCUCGAAAUGUCACUUCUUUUGGGGGGGAAAGCCAGUUUGAAUAGGACAGAGCUGCGGACAGACUGGCCGGCGCAAAGGGGGACUCCCGGGAGCGUUUUCACUUGGCUCUAAACUGAGUUACGGACCUCUCAGAUGCAACCACACGCCCAUGCGACGAUAUCGGUGGAUGUUGCUGUCCUCAGUGUACAGGUUGGGUUAAAGUAAACGCUAUCUGUUUACGUAUUAAAAUAAAGCAGUAUAGACUGAGGCGGAAGACGCGAGCAGGGACUAGAUACAUAAUAAAUAGACUAUUACGUGUAAUAGUCACGUAAUAAAUAGGCCAACCGUAUUCUAUUAUUAUUAUUAUUAUUAUUAUUAUUAUUAUGGGGUGUCGAUCUGUUAAAGGAAACGCCGGAGGGGGUCUCUUCAGCGCCUUAUUUCAUCUCGUCCACUUGGAGCAGAGAUAAUGUAAUGCUGCAAUGCCACCAUGCAAACCUUCGUUGACAGUGUUUUCCACCUUGUUGCCGCUGUGAGAUGGUCUCUGCCUUUCCUAAAGAAGUCGUGGACAUUUUUUUUUCUAAUCGAGGACUCGUCUCCAUCACAAAUGAAGCCCAGCGGAGCCGAGUGAACCAGGCCGCUGCAUAGAGAGGGAGGCGGGAUUGUUGUGCUCAGACUUGGCUGGAUGCUGAACAUGGUGCCACUUCACACCUCCGUAUUGAAUAGCCUACCUGCCGCCCAGUCCUCGGAUUGUUUCUUUAAUAUUUUAGUUGUCUUAAAAUUGACGGGGCCCUUUUUUGGAUAAAGGCUAUCCAGGAACGCUGAACCGAGCAUGUAUACAGAAUUUAGCCUGCACCGGUUUGUGUGGAUGUAGGACGAAUAUCCGCGGUUAUUUCCAACCACAAUUUAGAAAACAGCCCAUAUUCAUGGCGAUGGCUGGCGGAGGAUGUGCAUCUCUGAGAAAAAAUGAUGAACCCUGCUCAGAGCACUUCAUUCAGCUCGAUCACAGACUGUGGUUUUUACUGGCAGCCUAAAUAGCCCAUAUUCCACACUAAAAUUAACCAGACAAUCAUUUGUGGUUUUAUUAUCACCCCUGAGUAUGUCUGUACCCCUCAGAGUCAGGACACUAGUUCUCAAUGGGAUGAUAUUAACUACAGAGAGGCUAUGUGUUUAUUAGGGCAGUAGAUUUCAGACUAUGGAGACAUCAUGAGCCCAGAUUUUGCUUUUGUUAAACAACCUAGUUGAGCAUUGCUUAAUUUUAACAACAAUGCAGGAAAUUCAUAAGUGUGUAACUGUUUUACAGGCAGCAAUAGAGAGAGCAGUGAGAGAAAUGAUCAUGUCUGGAUUUCAUUUCACCUUUCACUCUCUGAUCAGGAACUCAUCAGACUAAAGGAUUACUUACACCUGCUGUUUCUUGGAUAAUCACUGAUUCACAUCUUCUGUCAGGGUCUGUGGUCUGACAAUAAAGAACUUGGAGGGGUUACACUGACAGUCAUUGUUUGACUUGAUGUACAUUGUCCCUGACCGAACUUGCCUUUGGGAAUACAUGCUUACACACAGUGUAGCAACAGCACAACAGCAACUGGUAACAGGCUUUAGCACAGUUUCAGCAGCGAGAUGUGGUGAUGGGGGAGAAUAGUUGUAGGUCUCUGAUCCUUUGAUGCCUUCUCCCUCCCGCUGGUCAUCGAGGACAUCUCAUCUUAGUCAAUGGGCCCUGUGUGGAUUUUGUGCCUGAGCUGACAGAGGGCAGGCCUACAGUAUCAAACAGCAGUUAGGCUGCCAUGAACCCAUACGGCAGAGGCAACAGCACAGCAGCCUCCCUGUCCUGCACCAACUGUGGGGGCAGCUGCUCCCCGCCUCCCCCUUGCCUAAUCCCGCCUGGGCCCCCCUCCUCCAAUACCUCUUCUACCUCCUCCAUGCCUCCCAAUAUGACCCCUCCGCCAGCAAUGUUUCCUGCUCCAGUUGUGCAGCUGGAGAAUGGCAGCAGCUGGAACUCCCCCACCAUCUCAUCCUCUGGUUCCCCAGACUCCCAUCCUGGCCAUCGCUGUGGGGCCAGCAACCCCAACCCCUACUGGACAGCAGUGUUCGACUAUGAGGCCACAGCAGAUGAGGAGUUAACCCUGCGGCGUGGGGACCUUCUUGAGGUUCUUUCCAAAGACUCCAAAGUGUCUGGGGAUGAGGGUUGGUGGACAGGCAAGAUCCAGGACAAGGUGGGAAUCUUUCCAAGCAACUAUGUCACCAGGGGGGAUGCAGCCAGCUACCAGCAGCUGACUGCAGGGGGGCUUGUGGCGGGUGGUGUGGGUGAAUGCCCCUUGGAGAUAGACUUCACAGAGUUGCUCCUAGAGGAGGUGAUAGGAGCAGGUGGAUUUGGGAAAGUGUACAGAGGAGUGUGGCUGGGAGAGGAAGUAGCAGUAAAGGCUGCCAGGCAAGACCCUGAUGAGAAUAUUAGUGCCACAACAGAGAGCGUGCGACAGGAGGCCAGGCUGUUCUGGAUGCUCCAGCACCUCAACAUAAUCGCACUGCGUGGAGUCUGCCUGCGGGAGCCCAACCUGUGCUUGGUAAUGGAGUAUGCCAGAGGCGGGGCUCUGAACCGGGCCCUGGCUGGGAAGAAGGUUCCCCCAAGGGUUCUGGUGAACUGGGCAGUCCAGAUUGCAACAGGGAUGGACUACCUGCACAACCAGGCAUUCGUACCUAUCAUCCACAGAGACCUCAAGUCCAGCAAUAUCCUCAUCCUGGAGCCGGUGGAGCAGGACGACCUGAGCGGGAAAACUCUGAAGAUCACCGACUUUGGCCUGGCCAGGGAGUGGCACCAGACCACCAAGAUGAGUGCAGCGGGGACCUACGCCUGGAUGGCCCCUGAGGUCAUCAAACUCUCCUUGUUCUCCAAGAGCAGCGAUGUGUGGAGUUUUGGUGUGUUGCUGUGGGAACUGCUGACCGGAGAAGUUCCCUACCGAGAGAUAGACGCACUGGCAGUGGCUUAUGGAGUUGCCAUGAACAAGCUCACACUUCCUGUCCCUUCAACGUGCCCUGAAGCUUUUGCUCAGCUGCUGGGAGAGUGCUGGAGCCCCAUCCCUCACAGCAGGCCCUCAUUCACCAGCAUCCUGAGGCGGCUGCUGGCCAUCGAGCAGUCGGCCAUGUUCCAGAUGCCUCUGGAGUCUUUCCACUCCUUACAGGAAGACUGGAGGCUGGAGAUCCAGCAGAUGUUUGAUGAGCUCAGGGCCAAAGAGAAGGAGCUGAGAUCCUGGGAGGAGGCGCUGGCCCGAGCAGCCGAGGAGCAGAGGGAGCAGGAGGAGCAGCUGAGGAGGAGAGAGCAGGAGCUGGCAGAGAGGGAGAUCGACAUCGUGGAGCGAGAGCUGAACAUCAUCAUCCACCAGAUGUACCAGGAGAAACCCAGGGUGAAGAAGAGAAAGGGCCACUUCAAGAAGAGCAGGUUACUGAAGCUGGGCCGAGACGGCAACAGCAUCAGUCUGCCCUCUGGCUUUGAGCAUAAGAUCACAGUGCAGGCGUCUCCCAGUGUGGACAAGAGGAAGAGCCAGGGCAGCGAGAGCACCACCCCACCUGCCAGCCCGGGGGUCAUACCCCGACUGAGAGCCAUCCGAUUGACACCAAGUGAUGGCAGUAAGACGUGGGGCCGCAGCGCUGUGUGCAAGAAAGAAGACCUGACGUCCAACAAGAAGAAAGGACGCACCUGGGGGCCGAGCUCCACCCACCAGAGAGAAAGGGUCGGCGGCGAGGAAAAGCUGAAGUCACUGGGUGAGGGAAGCAAAGUGUGGUCGUCCAGUGCACCGAACCUGGGCAAAUCCCCCAAACAUGCACCUAUGACUGCUGGCUUCUCCAGCUUGAAUGAAAUGGAGGAGGGUAGUGAGUUUGAAGAAUCGCCGGGGUCCUUGCAGCCAUCAGAGACCAGUAGUAAUGGGGCCAUGGAGGACUCGGGGCCCCUGUGGGGCAGCCUGGGGCCCAAUACGGUAACUGCUGUUGGUUACACAAGCUCCUGCCAGAUUGCUGGAGGCCUGGGGGCCGGUGUGGGCUACCAGGAUUCGCUUCGCCGCUGCAGCCAGAGGAAGAAGAGUGAUAUGUUGAUGUUGGGUUGUGCCUCUCUACUCGCAUCUGUCGCCCUCGGACAAGACCUGCUGCAGCUGGGAAAACUACAGGUGCUUCAGGAUGAGCAGGACCUCCGAGAGGAGCAGCGGAAGAAGAAGGAGGGGCUCUUCCAGCGGACGGGACGUUUCCGUCGCAGCACCUCUCCGCCCAGCCGAAACUUCUCCCUCUCCCUGUCCAGACAUCAUGACUCAGCGCUCCCCUCCUUGGACCCUUCUCCCUCCGUCACACUCCUCUCUUUGUCUUCUCUGUCUGACUGCAACUCCACAAAGUCCCUCCUCCCUUCAGACCCAGACGAGUUACCUCUGACCCCGACGGCAGGGAUCAAAACGCCAGCUGCGCCUCCAGCUCCUGCGCUCAACCCGCUUUUAGACCUGCGGGCGGAGAGCUUCAAGAAGGAGCCUAACCAGUCACUCACACCUACCCACGUGUCUGCAGCCAUGGCCCUGAACAGAGGACACAGACGCACUCCUUCAGACGGGGCGAUACGACCCCGAGCCCAAACGCUGGGACACCACAGGACGCCGUCAGAUGGGAGCAUGCCCAUCCCUCCUCCACCAGGGGCACCACACAUCACACCUGUCAAAGGUACACAGGACACCCUGGAUAUCCCUCGUCUCCCCGACCCAUCCACCAUCUUCCCAGUCCCUCAUCGGCGUAAAGCUCCCGCUCCACCAAUCCCUGACCCCGAUCCUCUCUGCCUCAUCAGCCCCCUUGAGAGACCCAAGACGCUGGAGUUUGCCCCGCGGCCGCGGCCUGCCCCGGCCAAGAUGAGAGCUGACCCCUGGAAGCUGGGCUCUCUCUCUCGGACCUUGAGCUCAUCGCCGGGCAGCAGCUGUGACAGCCCGCUCGGGUCAGGUGACAGCAGUGCCUGUGCUGCACGGCCCAACCUGAUGGACAUGGACAUGGAGGGCCAGAGUUUGGACCACACUGUCCCUCUGUGUGGACAGCUGCAGCCUGCCACUCUAUGUGGACAGCAAUACUCAUAGUGACAAAUAGUGAGCGAACCUUUGUACUCUUUUGCAUUCAAACCUCUUCCAGGACAUUGGAGCUUGGGCUGGAGAAUGAACCCCUACUGAUGUCUGAGCCGAGCAAAGUGCACUCGUUCAAGUUUGCAAAAGUAUCUUGUCUUGUUUAAGCCAUUCCUCACAGCCUGGUCGUGCCCUCUAACCUGCAUGACACUGAGGGUCCUGGAGGCCUCUUAAAAGCCUUGUAGUGUGCUCACCUCACCCAGCACUUCUUCUUUCCCACCUUGGAAGCCAUCUCUACCCAAUCUUAGUGCCUCAUGGCUUGCAUUUCCUUUGAGACUCACAACCUUCAAAAGCCAUUUCUGACUUUGGUAACUGCUCAUUUCGACCCAUCUUGCUUUUGCCAGUCCGUGUGGUCUCCUGCUUUCUGCUUAUAUCUUUCCGGUCUCCCACUCCUUCAUUUUCUGUUUCACCUAAACAUCAAUUGUUUCAGGACUGUUUCCCUGACAACAAGAGGAGCAGGACUGUCUGAGGAGUUUUAGCAGAGUGUUCUUGUUCUUAUUUUGCACCCCGUUUGUUCUGCACAGACACCUCAGCACUGCCUUCAUCCUCACACGUGUCAUCUCUUCUGCAUGAGGGUCAUAGUCCUCUUCCCUCCUAGAUGCCGAGAGAAAGCCUUUUUUUUCCUCCUCAAAGCACUGGUUACAUCUUCAGCCUUGUACAGUGAAAAGCAGAGUUUAUUUUCUCAGUGCUUGCACCAUCCCUGCUUCAGCCUAUUAGCAAAAAUGUUUUG